CAGUGGAGACAAACGACGGCCACUGUCUGGAGAACCCACGCGUCACUUCAAGACGGCCAAACUGGAACCAGGGCCUGCGGAUAUCGAUCAGUUUGGGUUUCAUUUGAAAUCAUUCAGAUAAAUAAACGAAAUCGAGAGCUCAGCAGUGAUGUCGGAGUUUUUGGUGAAUCUGCUCGGAGAGCGGCUCGUCAACGGAGAGAAAGCCGAGGUGGAUGUGCAUGCGCUGGGCAGUGCGCUGUCUCUGCUCGGGCUCUACUUCGGCUGCAGUUUAAACGGUCCCUGCAAGCAGUUCAACGCCAGUCUCUGUGAGUUUUACAGUAAGUUUAAAAAAUCAUCCGAGCACAAGGACAAACUGGAAAUCGUCUUCAUCUCAUCGGAUCAGGACCAGAAACAGUGGCAGGACUUCUUGCAGGAGAUGCAAUGGCCGGCGUUGCCUUUUAAAGAUAGACACAAAAAGAUGAAACUAUGGAACAAAUACAAGGUGACCAGUAUUCCCUCUCUGGUGUUCAUCGAUGCAGCCACGGGGAAGGUGGUAUGUCGGAAUGGCCUGCUGGUGGUACGGGAUGAUCCGACAGGCCUGGAGUUCCCCUGGGGGCCGAAGCCCUUUGCGGAGGUGGUGGCUGGGCCCUUGUUUAGGAACAACAGACAGACGACAGACAGCAGUGCCCUUGAGGGAUCCUAUGUAGGGGUUUACUUCUCUGCACACUGGUGUCCUCCAUGUCGGAGUUUAACCCGUGUCUUGGUGGAAUCAUACCGUAAAGUGAAAGAAUCAGGGCAGAAAUUCGAGAUUGUGUUUGUCAGUGCUGAUAGGUCAGAGGAUUCGUUUACACAGUACUUCAGCGAGAUGCCGUGGUUGGCGGUUCCGUACACAGAUGAGGCCAGACGGUCACGACUCAACAGACUCUAUGGAAUCCAAGGUAUUCCCACACUGAUUCUGCUGGACACAGAGGGUCACAUGAUCACACGGCAGGGGCGAGUGGAGAUUCUCAAUGACCCAGAGUGUCAGCUGUUCCCGUGGCACCCGCGACCCGUGCUGGAGCUCAGCGAAUCAAACGCUGUACAGCUGCAUGAAGGGCCUUGUCUGGUGCUGUUCGUAGAUGCAGAAGAAGAGGGCGAGCUGGAGCCAGCAAAGGAGCUCAUCCAGCCAAUUGCAGAGAAGAUCAUGGCCAAAUACAAGGCCAAGGAGGAGGAGACGCCACUGCUCUUUUUUGUUGCUGGAGAGGAUGAUAUGAGUGAUUCACUGCGGGAUUACACCAAUCUGCCUGAGGCUGCACCACUUCUCACCAUCCUGGACAUGUCGGCUCGUGCCAAAUACGUUAAAGACGUGGAGGAGAUCACACCGGCUGUGGUAGAACAAUUUGUCAAUGACUUUCUGGCUGAGAAACUCAAACCAGAGCCCAUUUAAUGUGGGGUGAAGUCCCGGACAGCUCUAAAAUCCCCGCCACCUAAACCUCCAUCUGGCCCUUGACAUCCAGGCGGGCUUUCCCUCUCUUCCUGUCAGACAGUUCAAGCAGAAGCUUACUUUCUAUUGACAUUUUGCUUCUUUUAAUACGUGCCCCUCCAUCAUGAAGUGACCGCCGCCUCCUGUGGUGCCUUGCAUUUACUACAGCGCAGAUGGUAAAUUGCAGAUUUUAUUUCGCAAAUAAAACCCUACGGCUGCAAGUGAACGCAACUUUGUUUUUCUUGCUUUUUGCUUUUAUCAAGAUUUUAUAAGUAUUUCCUUCUAUCCUUGGAUAUUGUUUCAAGAAUCAAGAGCAAAUAUAGCUUGGUAGAUGUAUUAUUUUUACUUUUCUGGAGGAUAAUCCACAGACACUGCACAGUUUAUGUGGCCAUAUGUUCUGUACAGCUGUGAUUCUCUUCCUAUGGGUGCUGAUAAAUAUGCAUACAUGAACAAGCUGAUGUUAAUAUCCUUGUAUAGAAGGCACUGUUGAUUCUAGCAGUGAAUAGCUGCCGCUGGUUAUUUUUUAAAUGCAGUUGAUUCUUAAAAGGACUUUGCCCACCUUCUUGUUGAUAUUUGAUGUUUUGAUAUUGACUGAUCGGUUCCCAUCUCAAACAUGACAUUUAAGUGGAUUUUCUGUGAAGGUCCCCUGUAUUAAAGCAGUCUGGAAUUUUUUGAAGGCACAAAAACAGAAUUGAAUCGCAAACUUACUAAGUGUAGCCAAUUAGAGCACAAAGUCUGUCUCUCCUUGGUUGUGUUUUAAAUGACAUCAUGGCCAUAAAAACUCACU